AUGAAAAUUGUUGCAAUGAUCGCGCUAUUCAUCCAGGCACCCGUAUAUCUGCUAGCUGUUGGGUUCAAGCUAUGGGCCUUUUCAGAAAUACUUUACAAAUGGAAUUUCCCUCUGUCAAGAAUCCCAGGUCCAAAGUUGGCGUCAUGGACACGUCUCUGGUGGCUCAGGCUUGUCUCGCGAUCGCAACUUGACCGCGAUAUGAUUCGUCUGCAUCGGGAGUACGGACCCGUUGUGCGCAUUGCUCCCAACAGCAUUCUUAUCAGUGAUCCCGAUACCACGCGAGAUGUUCUUGCAGUGGGCUCCAGAUUCAAGCGCGGGCCCUGGUUCGACAGCCUGCGCCUCGAUCCAUUCACAUCAAAUGUGGUUUCUGAGCGAGAUCCCAAAAAGCACCAACAGUUGCGUGCCAUUCUUGCGCCUGGGCUUUCUGGCAAUGACAUCCAGGAUAUGGAGUCUACAAUGGAUGGGUACAUGGCACAAUACCUUCAGAUGAUUGAAAGAAAGAUUGAGACCGCACACGACAAGAUUGCAGAUCUGGACUUGUCCACCACCAUUCCUCUAUUAACUCUGGACAUGAUCACACAUCUGUGUCUUGGGGAGUCUUUCGGAAGCAUCGAACACGAAACUGAUAGCUUUGAUUUCUUUAAAGCUCUGAACCUCGGAAUGCUCUUUCAACAGUAUAUCGCUGUUCUUACUGAGAUUACCACGGUUCUCCUGGGCGUUGGGAAGCUUCCUUGGUUCCGGACACGGCUCUUCCCGAAAGGUAGCAGUUCCAACGGCAUAGGUCGUGUAAUGCUGGUAAGCAGGAAUCCCCAAGAACUGACACUCGAACAAUGCACUGAGCGAGAAAGCGGCGUGUCCAAGAAAGACAUGCUCGAUUCCUUUCUUUCGCGGGGUCUUUCCGUUGAUCAAGCCACAAGCGAAGUACUCAUCAUCAUAACCAGUGGCGUUGGUGCGACGUCUUACGCAAUUCAAGCCGUCAUCAAGUCUAUUGUGGCUGACGCAUCAGUCGUACACAAGCUCCGAGAUGAGGUUGACGGUGUCGUUGCCACAAACCCCAAGUACUCUCUCAGGCAGGUGCCAAACUCGGCCAUCAAAAAGAUGCCCUAUCUACAGGCCUGCAUCCUGGAAGGUCUUCGCAUAUAUCCUCCCGUCUUCUCCCAACUCCGAGAGCGUGUUGCUCCUCCCGAAGGAGUCGUACUGAACGGCUAUGCGGUUCCGGGAGGUACAUACAUCGGGUUCAAUAGCAUCGGAAGCCAGCUGAACCAUAUCUACGGGGACAGCGUGGAGGAGUACCAUCCGGAGCGAUGGCUCAUUGACGAUGAGGUACAGUUGAAGCGGAUGCGACGAGACCUCGAUCUCGUGUUUGGCCACGGAAACUCCAAAUGCCUCGGGAUCAAUAUAGCGAAUUUGGAGUUGAACAAGAUAGUUGUUGAGCUCUUCCGGACAUACGACAUCUCCUUCUGCAACAAAGAUAGCCCGUGGAAGUCGCGAGGCGAUUUCGUUCUCACGGACUUUUGCGUGAGGUUGCGGCGUCGGGAGGGUGGGAGUGCCACCAAUGGUGUCCAUCACAGUGAGUAUAGGAAUAAUGUCUUUUGA